AUGGCAGAUGAAUUGGCAGUACCAGGAGUUCACAUCCCGUUCCUAAGCUUUCACUGUGCCUAUCAGUUUCAGCCAGUAGAGCUCAAUCAAGCACAACAUAAAAGAUCAGGAGCAUCUGGCCAGGGCGGCUUGGGCUGCGCGUUGCCCUGCCGCAGAGGCGGGUUACGAAGAGCCGGGCAGAGGCCGCGGGAGGUGUGGCGGCAACUGCUCCGCAAGGCGCCGGGCUCCCUCCCCCCCCGCGACUACGCUUCCCAUGGUGCAUUGCGUCGGGAGAGGAGACUGCGCAUGCGCAGGCCCCAGGGCGCGGAGGUUUUGCUUCCGGGCCGAGGUGAGGAGGUCGGGCUGGUGUGCCCGGGGUGCCGAGGCGGUGCCGCCCCGUCAGCGCCCGCCGCCUUCGUGCCGGCGGCCGAGUUCCCGCAGCGGGGUCGCAGGAGGACGAGGCGGUUCGUCUUGUCUUCAGCUGCGUCUCCAGGAGUUCCUGCUAUUCAGCAGAAAAGAACUGUAGCAUUUCUAAACCAGUUUGUCGUUCACACAGUGCAGUUUCUCAACCGCUUUUCUACUGUUUGUGAAGAGAAAUUGUCAGCGCUCUCUCUACGUAUCCAACAAAUUGAAACAACACUCAAUAUUUUGGAUGCAAAGUUAUCCUCUAUUCCUGGCCUAGAAGAUGUCAAAUUUGAAGUGUCCAGUGCAAAUAUGAACAGUGUUACAAAUGGUCCUGUGGCACAAGCUACUACGGAUCAACAGACAGCUGUGUCACCUCAAUCUGGACAAAACAAUAUACAUGAAGAAGGGUUACAGAAAACGGAGGUAGUAACAGAAAAUGUCAGAACUGUGGCCAAGGAUCCAAGAUAUGCCAGAUAUCUGAAAAUGGUACAAGUGGGUGUUCCCGUAAUGGCAAUACGAAACAAAAUGAUUUCUGAAGGGCUAAAUCCAGAUCUUCUUGAGACACCAGAUGCCCCUGUGCCUGCCUGGGGAGAUGAUGGGAAUGCAGAAGACAGUUCUGAUAGCGAAUCUUCUUUUAGUGACUAAAGAGACUGAUUUUGGCCUUUGGAAACCUCUGUUAAGUGCUAAUGUGUUUGGAGCUUUAGCAGACAACGGUUUUGCAUGGGUCACGUGGGUGAUGUGAUUUAUCCGACAGCAUUUUUAAAAACUAAGAUCCUCCAUAUUCUCUCCCAGAAAGUUUGAACAGGCAGCAUGUUUCAACCUGAACCUUUCCACCACGAAAAUUAGCUGUGAGAUCCUUGCAGUUUUUAUGCUGC